AGGGAAAAAACUGAUGAGGUAGGCGCCCUCCUUCACUCCCAACUGCCCAGUAAAAACUGAAUGAUGUGUCCAUGCAGUUAGAUUUUGUUUCAACUUAAGAACAGUCUUGCUUCUUUCAGAACUUCUUGAAUGUUUCAGAAAAAAACAUACAACACCCAAACCAGCUUUCAAUUAACCAUUCUUGCACUCAGCAACCUGUAAGAGACAGAUUUGCUCCUUUCUCACAGAUUUUUUAAUCUCCAUUACUUUACUCAUCCCUUACAGUUUUACACAGAUUUACAUCUUUUUGUUUCAACUAUAGUCUGGUGGUAAUAGUACCCCAGUAAAUCUCUACACAGGCACGCAGAACAGACACUGUCUAACACGUCAGCUUGAGAGCAACCGUUCUGCACUUCCCACCAGCAGCACCAAACAGGAUUUAGGAAUCACAGAAUAGGUCUGUUUGGAAGGGACCACCAUGGGUCGUCUAAGCCUCCCUGCUUAAGCAGGGUCAUCCCAGAGCACACUGCACAGAACUGCAUCCUGAUGGUUCUUGAAUGUUUCCAGAGAGGGAGACUCCACAACUUCUCUGGGCAAGAAGCGCUGUUCUGUAAGAUAGGAGGCCCCAAGAAGAGAAACGGACUUUGCUUAAAAAGCAGAACAAGACUGAACAAAGGUCCGGCAGGCCCGGCCCGGCCCGGCCCGCCCCGGGUGCCGCUAUAAACCGCCGCCCUACCCCGACCUCCCCGUUAGGUUUCCGGCCUGGCCAGUCUUGCACCGCGCGGGCUCCAUCUGCCUCGGCUCCUGCGGCGCUCCGCCAGCUCUGUCUCGCCAUGGCCGCUUCCUCCUCCUCGGCGGCCGCGCUGCGCCCGGUCACUCACCUGAUCUUUGACAUGGACGGGCUGCUGCUGGAUACUGAGAUUCUGUAUUCAAAAGUGUAUGAAGAGAUCUGUGGGCGUUAUGGAAAGACCUAUAACUGGGAUGUGAAAUCCAUGGUUCUAGGUAGACAAGCCCCAGAAGCAGCAGAGAUUAUUCGAGAUGUUCUAGAUCUUCCAAUAACCAAAGAAGAGUUGUUCAAUGAAAGUAAAACGAUGCUGGAGAAGCUAUUUCAUACUGCUGGGUUGAUGCCAGGAGUCAGUAAGCUGAUCCAUCAUUUACACAAACACAAGAUACCCAUAGGUGUUGCCACCAGCUCGAGUGUAGCGGCAUUUGAGAUAAAAACAAGCAGACACAAAGAUUUGUUUAGUCUUUUUCAUCAUAUUGUGUUGGGAGAGGAUCCUGAGUUGAAGCGUGGCAAGCCUCAUCCUGAUCCAUUUUUACUUUGUGCAAAGAGAUUUGAACCUCCUGCACCACCAGAGAAGUGUCUUGUGUUUGAAGAUUCACCACAGGGAGUCAAAGGAGCCCGGGCAGCAGGAAUGCAAGUGGUUAUGAUUCCAGAUGAAAAUUUAGGUCCAGAUUUUAAAAAGGAGGCAACACUGGUGCUGAAGUCCAUGGAAGAUUUCCAACCAGAACUGUUUGGUUUACCAGCAUAUGAUUGAUGCCUAAUGCCUGUGAACAUGUUCUUGGCAGGUGAUAAAUUUAAAGUGAAAUGAAAUUUGAUUUCAAUUUUAUGAUUGUUUUUCAUCUUCUACUUUCUUCCUCAAAGCUAGACCACAAAAAUCCUGUUAACAUUCAGUCUUUUACACAUUACCUUAUAUAAACUGUCUGGAAUGUUUGAUAUGUAUGUAUGAUAUGUCCUUUUGAUAAAUGCAAAAGUAAGGCAGCAUCUUUCUAUUAAGUGAAUCCAGCCUUGUUCUAUUCACAUAGUAAUGUUUUCUGGUAAUAUUAUGGAACUAUAUAGACAAUUUGUUGGUACUGCAUUGGAAGCUUCUUGUUCUGUUUCCACUUGAAUUACUUACUGUUUACAUCUUAAUCAGAAAUCUGUUCUGGAUUGCCUUUUAUACCAUUAAAACGUUUUUGACACCAUUAUUGCUAUCAAUGUGUUUAU